GUAGAGGGGCCGCGCCUGCGUGGUGCGCUGUGCUCGCGCGGUCCGUUGGCACGGCAGCCGUUGGCGGCCGUUUGCGUUGGUGUUCCCGCGCUCGUUUGUCUCUGCUCCUUGUGGAACGAAGUGUGUAACCUGUAUGGUUGAACUGCCAGUGAACUGUGUGAGUGGAAGCAGGGGUUCGUUUAGAAAGGUCCUCUGAAAAGAAUGAAAACGUGUUUUUUCAUAUCUCUUUAGGCAUGUGGGGAAGGCAUUAUUUGGUUUUGUUUAUAAUGGUUACCUAGAGGUUUAAUGAGAAUGGAGGUCAAGCUAGACGUUCUCGUGUCUACGUCUAUCAAACAAAAAAAACCGUGGACUCGCAUUGCCUGGAUCGGGCAGGAAAAAGAAGCUGUUUUUCUUCUAGAUGAUAAACGUAUAAAUGAAAUUAAUCUUGCAUCAGGGAAGACAAAGAAGAAAAUUCCCCAGCUGCAAUCAUUGUUAAAAAAUGUGGUUGUCUUAACAACAUCAGAAAAUGGCGCUUGGCUGGCAGGAUUACUUACAACAGGAGAGUUAUUUCUUUGGAAUAAAGACCAGGACUGUUUAACAAUAAUACCAGCAAUUGAAGAGUCCAGGAAGGUAGCUGCAGCAGCACAAGAGUGUUUGAUGAAAUUGUAUUUGUAUGUGUCUGGAGAUGGCAGAAGGGCACUAUUAACUACUCCUACAGCAUGUGUCUUUUUGUGGGAGAGUACAGAAUAUGGAAACACACUCUCUUUUAAAAAGUCUUCUGGGCGGUGGACUCAAAUUUUGCCUACUGAAUCAGUCAUGUUGCCUUCUACCGAAGAAAAAGAAAUUGGAGUUCAUGCUGCUUUCUUACAAAAUGAGGUACUAGGUGAUUGUUGUUUGUGCUCUUUUGUGUUUUACUCUGACGAUUGUUUGGUUUUAACGUUUUUGAUUCUUCGCUGGCAUGAAAAUGGCUUUAAAUAUGCCAGUUCUUCGCCAUACCAGAUCCACUGGGUACAGCAGACUUGUUCUCUUGUUAAUUUAGUGCCUCAGUGUGUAUCUAUAAAGUCAAGAGGAGCUUUGCUGUCUGCAUUUGCAAGAGAUGGACUCUUUCUUGCAGUAGCUGUUAACCAAAUUGAUCCUAAGGCAACUCAAAUUCUGUUUUUAAACACCCUGAAUUUUGUAACUAUUUCGGGUAGUGUUAAAGGUUGCAGUAGCAAGAGUAGCACUGUCCCAUCCAAGUUUAUCAGGUCUUACUGGGUCGGUGACAUGAGUUGGACUCCUGAUAGCCUUUUCUUGGCUUGCAUGUUAAAGCGUGGAUCUUUGAUUUUGUUGACUGGUAUGGGUGAAUUGCUGACCUUGAUUACUUCUGGCUGCUCUGUAGAAUUUGGACCAGCAGAGUUUAUUCCAAUUCAUCCACUAAUAACAUACAGACAGCACAACUCUUUGUGUCAAGACUCCAGUCAGACACUUGGAUCUUCAGCUUCUGAAAGUGAUCUUAUGAGACAGAGGUUUUCUGUUGCCUGUCACUCAAGAUUACCCUACCUCAUUGUUUCUGAUGGAUUCAUGAUAACAGUGCUAAGAUUUCAUAACAACAUUUCACCAGUGGGAUUUUUAAAAUCCCUUUUGCUUGAUUCAACGCAACGGCUUGAAAAUGUCCGUAGGAAUCUCAUGAACUCUCAGACUAAAGGGAGACAUCUGUGUUUACGAUCCCUGUUGUCUUUAAAAGACAGCCUUUUGAAACACACACAAAACCAUACCUCCAUCUUCUUCCGUGUCCCAAAAUUUCUGGAAGAGGACACAACAGAAGUGAGUCAGAAAGCCACGGACUUACUGGAUUAUGAAGAUGAAUCUGAUGAUGAAAAACUGUUUCACAAUAGCUCUUCUAACAUCUUCAGCCAAAGAGUCCUUUCUUUUGUUGGUAAAGCUGAUCAAGGCCAGAUAGAAUUUGCAUCAAUGUUUGAUACUAUUCAUGCAAAAGACAGUACUGAAGAGAAAGACACGUUACCAGUAGAACUGAACUCUGUUCAGAGGAGUCUUAUUACUGCAUGGCAGAUAGGGAUUUCAAAAAAUAUUGAAGAAAGAGAUACUUUUCUGAAUUACACAGUAAGCUGCAUUACCCAUUUUUUCAACAUUCUUCAGUUUGUAGAAUGUUCUUCGCUAAACCAGGAUGCAUUUUUAAAUAAAUCUGUGAAGAAUUCCCACUGGAUUCAUUGUGUUUUAAAAUACUUUCAGCUGUGUUUAAGUGUCUUCCACUGGCAUUCAAGAGCCGGUAUGACUGGGCAUGUGGCAAAGCUAACGUUGCAAACACUGAAACUUAUGCUUGUUCAGAAACAAGGUCAGUUGUUCUCAAAAAAUCUUUUGGCAUGCUUCUGUCUUUUGAAGAUGGUUUCUCAUACUCUAAGUAGCACUUGCAUACCACAGUAUGAGAACUUGUUUGCAUCUCCUGGUGUUAAUAGUCUUGUGGAGCUUGAUUCAUUCAUUGUGCCUGUAUUUCUAUUUCUGGAUGAGAGCGCAACUCAGGAAUUCAGCUCACUGAAAUCUGUGCUUGGAGAGCAUCCUCAAGCACUGAACUGCGAGUCAAAAACAGAAAAAAGGUUGAUUGCCCUGUGGCGAUUCUUGUAUGAAAGAGUGGUUCGUUAUUGGAGCCAACUGAACAAAAAAGCACACAAGAAUAUAGAAGAGGAAAAUGUUGUCUCAUUGCUUUUAAGCCAUACACAAGCAACUCUUCAGUCCUCAGGAGUGAUAUUAGAAAAACGCUUCAAGAUUAAUUCUGUAGCUGGGGAGGAGAAAUUCCUUUUAGGCUCAUACAGAGAAUCUGUGGAUGUUUGGAGAAGAUGUCUUUGUGAAAUUAAGGCAAAGGGAGGAAAAAGAGCGUGUUUUCUUCAGAGUAGAUAUUACCUUGCUAUAUUAUUUUGCCACCUAUAUCAUUAUAACUUAUGUGAGGCUCAAGGACUCUGUGAUCAUCUGGUAGGAGAGAUUCUAAGGCGAUCACAGCUCUCAGUGAAUCAGAUGGAAAAUUUUUCUGACACUAAGUAUUCUCAGCAUGAACUGUGGAUGAUAACAAAUGUUCAUACUGAAACUGCUAUGGCUGUGAUUCGAUCCAUGGCUCGAUUCAUGGCUGCUUAUUUCACAGAUCAGCUGCUCUAUAUCUUUCCCCCACACAAUGUUGAUAUCCUGCAUCCACUUCACAUCAAACCAGAUGUAUCUCCUCGUGUUAUUCCACUACAACGCCAUCUGGUUACAAGAGCUGUCAGAGACCAGAACCUUUCAUCUGUGUGGACAGUAGAAUAUGCUCUUGACUUGUUCUUUGUUGGGGGACUCCUUCCAGAGGCUGUAUGGCUAACGCGCAGGCUUGGUGACUGGAAACUCUCAGUCUCAAUUGGUGUGGCCUACAGUCUGUAUCGUCAGAGCUCUGAUGAAUUCACAAGACUGAAAAUCACAGAGCAUCAUCUGCCGUUAAGCUUAUCACCAAUGCAGACUUUUCAGGAAAAACUACGGUCUUUGCUGGGGCAACCAGCUACUUCUGAAACAACAACUGAAGAACAUAUUAAAUAUAAGUGGUUUACAGAUCCAAUUGAAGAAGAAGAUGCAGAUGUCCUCUAUAGUUCAGUACAGGAGCUACUGAAAGCUGCUGUUAUGGCAGAUGCUGAUAUUCUCUCAGAGACAUUUCAGCUUUUGAUAGAUUCUGUAAAGGAUCUUAGUAGAAAAUUUUGUGGUCUAAUUCCAGAUGGGCUUUAUCUACCAGCACCACCAUUAUACUGUCCUCAGCCAGCUUCUCUCAGUGAAGAAGACUGCAAUGACAUUAUUUUAAAAACUGAAAUAGAAAAUCGUCAGAAAGUAUCAGGAGUUCUUCAGCGAAUUAUCUUGCUCUUCCGGGCCGCUUGUUGCUCCUGUCCUGCCGCACAGUGGUAUAUUUUGCAGCUGAAGUGGGGAAGAAAAAUUAUGCAAAAAAUUCGAAUGAAAGGGUCUCUUCCUCCGCUGAACCCAUUCCCAGAGACUUUGCUUCAUUACUGCAAUUUCCAUACUGCUUUCUGGUCUGAAUCUAAAUCUACAUCUUCUGGAGACCGUCAACUUGAUGAUAUUUCCUGUAAAAUUUUAGGUUGGUUCAGAGAGCUGUGUGCAUUGUGUUGGAUGUUUCAUGUUCGUGAAAGAUUAUCUGACAGUUGUAGGCGGUACCAAGCUGCAAGGGAAAAUGCAAACAGUCAUAAGGAUCUUAAGAAGAAUGAGUAUGGUGCCUCCACAGUUGAGCAUUGUCUGAAUGCUGCAGAAUGGGCUUGCAGAAUGCUUCCUUUCUGCAGGUUCAUGAAUGUUGAAGAAUUAAUUCAAGAUGUAAUUCUGAGCCUGCUUGGAGAACUGCCACCAAUCAAAAAGGUGGCAGAAAUUUUUGUUAAAGCUUUUCCUAAUCCUGAAGAUGUACGAGUUCCACUAAGAGAUAAAUAUAAUGGUCUUCAGCAGCGGCUCAGACACUGUACUGUUCAAGAUCCUGAAAGUGAAGAAAUGAUGUCUGUUGUCAUACAGGCUAUGGAAAAAGCAAGAAUGAAGAACUUGAAGCUUGUAAUAAAGAAUAUAGGACCUAUAGAAAUUAAUGUUUGGGAGCCAGCAGAAGAAGGAGCAGAUUUUCAGGAAGAGCACUAUUAUGACAAGGUCUCUCUAGGCACUAGUAUAAGCAGAAGCACACUUACUGAUCUUGGCAAUCCUCAAUUGCACAGUGAGGCUGAAAGUGUAGACACACUUUCAGAUGCUUUGCUUGUUGAAGAAACAAGAGUUCAAACACCUUUACCUCAAAGGGAAAAUGAAUAUCAGAGACAAGGGGAGAUAGGUAGCAAAAAUGCUACCUGCAAGACAGGAACUCUGACUUGGAAAACAAAACAUAUGGAGAAAGCGUACAGAAAGGACUCACAGAAUCAGUGUUAUUUGCCUAUAGUUGGUGCAUGGGAAUUUGAACGUGAUGAUGAAGAGUAUGUUAAUUUCUUAGAGCUCUUUCUGAGCUAUGUUCUUGAGAGAGAUCUGUUAAAGUACAGUGAUCUCAGAAUUCCAUUUCUUACUAGCUUCUCUGGACUUCUUCGAAAGCAUGAAUUAAACUCUCUCUUGUUUGAUAUUCAUACAACACUAAAACGUCGACAAGCAAAAGCAAGAAGCCAAAGUGUAUUUAGAGCAGGGUCUUGCUAUACUGUCACCCUGACAUCCUGCAAUUCUGAAACAGUUUCUGUCCAUCGUGUAAACGGAAAUGUUCUGGAAAGUCCAGACAUUGUACAGUCCACUGUGCAGACGACAGAACCUUCUGUGUAUAACCCAAUCAAAGAAGUUAAAGGAUUAUUUGGUUUAAAACGCAAGUCAAUUUACAGAGCUCAGAGUGACAAUCAAGAGGUAACUGUUGCAUCAGCAAUCCAGACUGUUCCUAAAGAUACUGCCCAUACACCACAAACCCUGGAAACUUCUAAAUAUGUGUACAAAACUGCUUAUUUUCCCGAUACUUUACCAGGAGAAGAACUAGCAAUAGAACUGACGGAUAAAUUUAGCAGUAUUGCAAGAUUACUUGAGUGGAUGAUCAGAUGGUCUGACAGGAGACUGCUGUGUGGUUCCAAGAAACAAGACUCCAUAGAAGAAAGUCUUCCAAUGAUACAUGUGAAGACAUCAGCAGCUGCUGUUCUUUCUUCCUUAUGGCUGUUAGAACAAUUGUGCAAAGAUGGAACACAAGCAAGGAGUGUAACAUUUAAGAAUGCAGGUAAUCAGUGUCUGAAAGAAUCUACAUCUCCAUCAGAAGCACAGCCUAGGACCAAGAGAGAACGUGGAGUAGUUGAAGGCACUUCAGCAAAUCCUCCAGCUGAUGUCCAUAACGUACAAGCCUAUGACAACCUUUGUGAAAACCGUUCAGGAAUGUCUACAAAAUCAAUAUGUUUUGCUAAGAAGGAAAUUAAACAUGGGAGUUGUUCUCUGCCUCAUGUGACUGAAGAUCUUAAUGAAGUUGAGCCAUUUCUACAGGAGGAGUCAGACAUAACAUCACAAAGUGAAGAGUGCUUUGAGGAGCCAUUUGAAACUCCAAAGAGCUCCAAUGGCUCUAUCAGGAUCAAACCUGGAAAGGACAUCUCCAAUUCAGCUGUAGAUAGUCCACAAGAAGACCAAAAGAUGAAAAAAGCAAAGGAAAGAAAGGCUGAACAGAAUGUCAUGACUGAGGUUGCUACUAGCACCAUUUCUCAAUCAUUCUCUUUAGAGCAAAAUUCCGAGGUUCCCAGUAACAUAGAGAUUUCUGUAAGUCACGGUCAGCCUUCCCUUGCUGCUGUGUCAAGUAUAUCAAGUGUUAUCUCCAGUACUUCAAUUUGUGCAAAAAAGGAAGACAUCAAGAAAGAAGUCCCAACAGAAGAGAAACUGAAUACAUCAGAGACUGUCAGACAGAUGCUCCAAGAUGAAAUGUUUAAGUUAGUUCAGCUACAGCAAAUCAACUUCAUGAGUUUAAUGCAAAUAGUGCAGUCAUCAUUUGCCAACCUGCCAAAUGUGCAACAAACUUUAGAACGAUAUCAGUCUGCUCAUCUGGAAGGAAUCCAGCCUGUGCCCCCAACAGAAGUCAAUGGCUCUGCAAGACCUUCAUGUUCUGCCGGUGCUUCUCUAAAAACAGAACUGUCCACUGAAGAUGAUAGAGAAAAAUAUGAUCAAAAAAGUUCACAUUUUCAACCAACAAAUAGUUCAAAAGAUGAAAGCAACUGUGUCCAUAUAAAAAAUCGUCAGAAUGUUUCUUUAAGCCUACUAGAAAACCAUAGCAAAGAGACAGGAUUUAUGCCACCAACACAAGAUUUGCAUUCUUCAGCAUCCAUUAAACCACUUCAUCUCCUAGCUCCUUCCUCAGAUGUUCAGAAAGCACCUAAGUUUAUCCCUAUUGAAAAAAACACAGAUUGCUCAGAUGGAUUUCCUUUGCUUAAGCUUGAAUCAGGUUAUCAUUCCAAACCAGCGUUUUUAGAUCCAAUAGAAAUGUCAUCAGCUUUUGCAAGACCACCCCCACGAGUAGCUUGGAAUUCAUCAGAUUCUUUAUGGCACCAUCAGUCAUCAUACAAAGAAAGAAGGGGGAAGUCUACAGUACACUGGAACAUGAGUGGAUACAAACCUGAGAUCUCGAAACCAAUCCAAGAGGAAGAGAAAAGAUGGGCAGAAACUGUGUAUAAGCCACCCUCCAAACACCUGUGUUCAAGUCAGUAUGAAGAACGAGAAGUUUCACUUGAGCAGCAGUUCUCUGGUAAUGUGAAAAUGGACAAUACAGUGAUCACCAACAACCUGGCUGGUAUUCCCCUACUGCACUUGAAUCUUGAUCCAUUAGUUAGACUUCCACCAGUUACAAGACAGCCAAUCAUCACUGCUUUAAUACCUGUUAAACCUAUAACAAAAGAGACUGAUGAAAGAGAAAUGCUGCAGCACACAGGAAUAUCACUGCUCCAUGCCAAAUUACCUCAACAAAAGAAGGUGCCAAAACUUAUUCCACCUCAAGAUCUCAUUGCAUUUGAGCAGUACUACCACCAUCAUACUGUGACCAGUACUUCCUUUGAACAGGACCAAACUAAGCCUAUCCAAUUACUAAAAACUGAUUUUAAACCAUUUGAGCCAAGAGAUGUGCAGAGCAGUACAAAAAGACAGAAGAGGCGUAAUAAGAAACAAAUGAAAGUGGAAAAGGAGAAACGAAGCGUGUCUUUCUGCCCAGAUGAUUCCAUCAUCAAUAUUAGUGAUACAGUGAUCUCUGUUGAAUCAAAAACGGAUCCAGAGACAAAAUAUACCUCUCACCUGCAAGAUGAUUCUUUCAUUUCCAUGGACAAAGCAGAAGAGGCAGUUACGACUCCAGAUCUACAUUUACAUUACAUGGCUUCUACAAGGAAAAAAAUAGCAGAAACUCAGGAUGCAAGUACCAACACUCACCCAGUGCUGAAAUCAUGCAAGGAUAUUGGAAUCAGUACCGAAAUUGAGAUUUCUCACCUUGAAAAAAAUGAGUCAGAUACGUCUCUUCCUGCGUCGGAAUCAUGUAGCAUUCCUAAAUUAUCAUCACCUGACGUGUAUUUAAACCUGAGAUUCUCCAGUGAAGUGAAGGAGAGACUUCUACCAUCAUCUUUGUCUGAUGUACCUGAUUUGAGUGAACAUAAAUAUGUUAGCGUGGUUGACAUUGAAGACAGUGACAUUCUUAAUGAUUUACCGAUGGCACCAGAGUCAGCGGAUGAAAUAGUUACUACAGAGCAGAAUGAGAAGUUUGAAAGUCCAUCUACUGGAGAACUUCAUCGCAUGGCAGCUUCUGUUACUAAUGCAAUUCCAUCUGAGCUGCUUCAGAAGAACAACAAUCAUCUCAAAAGUGUAUCAAGCCAAAAGCAAAAGGAACAUAAAGAGGCAGAUUUUGCUAGAGAAAGUAUAACUUGGAACAUAGAACAUGAGGAUGCAAGAGCUGUCCCUUCUACGUGGCUGCUGUCGGAAGUACUUGACAAGGAAUGCUUAUCCACAAAGCAUCAGGAAAUAGAUAUGCAAUUACGUAUACUGCAGAAUGUAACAAAAAAUAUGGAGGAGGAUUUCAGAAAUACCAGACAGCUUGUGAAAAUAAUAGAAGAUUUGGAAAUGGCUGCCAAUUCAGACCCUCAUGGUCAUCCUUCAUUCUCUGAAGAUUCUAGAAUCACUGAUGAUGGCUUUCAUUUAAAUGGCAAACUAAGUGAGAGUUCUGUAGAAGAUCCUCUGCAAAUCAUUGGUUUGAGUGAUGUUACUGACAUCAGUAGUAAUCUUGUAACAGAAGGUGGCAUCUCUCCGAUGGAGCCGGGCUUCCCAAAAACACAGGCUAAGAAAAUCUCUAGACAUUCUCAAAAAACAGAAAAAGAGAAAAAAGAGAUACGAGCAUGGAUGAAAAGAAAACAAAAGGAAAGAAUGAGAGAAUAUAUGAAGAAAUUGGAUGAACAGAGGCAGAAAGAACAUAAUCCAUUUAAAAAGAAUAUGCAUUGUCGUUUUACUUCAAAGGAUAUUAAAUUACUCAAGAAAAAGAAAGAAGAAAAAGACAAAGUCCUGUUUUCUGAACAUCACAGUGUGAGAGUAUCACAAGCAGUUUCUGUGAUGAAUGAAAUGUUAUCUGAAACAAUGAUGGUACCUGCAAGUGAACAUAGACCGUGGUCCAGGGCAAGAUCACCUCAAGAGUGCAGGAAACAGAGCUCUGUGUCUACUGAAGGAGGGUAUCCAUACACUUGUGUUCUGUCAGAAAGGCACAGAACUGCUGCCAGACAUUGCUUUGGACAAAAAGCACAUCAUUUCACUCCAGCUCUUAGCUCAACAUGGUCCAAGGGAAGACAGUCCAGAGGGUUGGGUUUGAAGGAACAACCAGUGUUUUCCAGCCACAACCACAUAUCUGUUCAAGUUGCUGACUGCAGAGGGAGCAGAAUAUCACAACAAAAGCCUCCAGCUGUUUCUACAGCAGUUCAGACAGAAGGUUUUAAUCAUGAGACUGAUCGAGAUGUAGAAAGUCCUUGGACUGUACCUGAUGAUAUCCAGAGAAUACUUCAACAUUCUCAUGACAUCUUGUUUCAGGACUCAGCACCUGGUACUGUUAGUUUCUCUCCUGUUGACAAUAAUGACACCGAUGGUAUUUCUGAAAGCACAGGAAGUAUUCUCAGCAGAUUGGACUGGAAUGCAAUUGAGGCUUUGGUAGCUGAUGUGGAAGACGCUUAAACAGAACUCCUCAGUGAUUGUGCACUCUUGAAACAGUUACUGGUGUUCAGUCUCAUUUUUUUAAAAUAAUCACUGUUCUUAAAAUGCAUUGAGGCUUUUAUUGGUUAUCUUCUGAAGCAGCACAAAAACCUCUCACUGAGUAAGUCUUGCCUAGAUAAUAUUUAAUUCCUCAAAUGGAGGUUUGCUUUCCAUAUGUCUUAAGUCUUUAAGAACUGAAUGAUGUUGGUGAAUACAGACUAGCAAUCUUAAUCAAGAAUUUCUGAUUCAGCUACCUUGCCCCUCUCAAACACCAAAAAAGUUCUGUUCUAUUUUAAGAGCAUUGCUAAAUUGUUUUACCUUUGUACUUAAAAUAUAAUGUCAUUAUUGACAAUGUUUAUUUUGUAACUUAAAAAUUGUGAUAAGCUGAUUUAAUAAAAAUGAGUUUAUUAGUUUCUGCUGUGAAGUGAUUUACACACAUAGCACUUCUACUACUGUGUAGCCCUGAGUGUCCAUAUACAUGUGCACUACACUAGUAUUUUUCACCCAGCUCAUCUGCACAGUAGUUGGUAGAAAUGCAAAAACAGUUUGAAUGAUAGAGGUAUAUACAUAUAUAUUCUGUCAGGAAACAGAAAAGUAAGAACAGACAUGUGUAUAAGAUACUUAAGUAGAGAAAAAAAUUGCUCUUCAUCAAUACUGUACAAUGAAUGCAGUCUUGUUAGCACUCUUCUGCCUGCUAGCAGAUAUUUGU